AUGGGUAUCGUUUUCAGACACACAACAUUAGCUAACCUCUUCGUUUUCUCUUGCAGGAAGAAAAAAAACAAGGAAUCUCACAAUGCAGUUGAGAGACAGCGAAAAGAGAAGAUCAACGCUGGAAUUAACCGUAUUGGGGACCUUCUACCCUGUUCCCAGGCACUGAAGCAGAGUAAGAACAUGAUCCUGGACCAGGCCUACCGUUACAUAAUUGAGCUACAGAAACAAAAGGACGCCAUGCUUCUCAAGGGAGGAGACCUAGUACAAGCUGAGGAGAUCCGGCGGCUGCGGCAUCAGCUGGACGAGCUGCGGAAGGAGAGCGGCCAUUACAUUGAGCUGCUAAAAGCCCACGACAUCAACUUCCUGGACGACCCCACUGUCCACUGGAAGGGCAAGUUGCGCUGUGCAAAGGUUGCCAAAGUAACGCCCACUCACCAGCUCCCCAAAAGAAUUAUUGUCUACUCCAAUGGGAAUGUGAUACGCCCAGCAGGAAAGGAACCUAGUCCAGCCUCCGAUCAGGGGAAGCAACAUGCUGAGGCUGUGAUUGUUCAGUCAUCUUGUGACAUUACAGCAGGGGUAAGGGUGAACAGGGUUCUUAAGCACGUCAGCGUCCCUUCCUCUGCCCCUCCGCUCCUCCCUGGGGCAACCCUUGCCCCUACAGUGUCUAUACCUGGCAUCAGGCUGGUGGAACAGUGUGUAGCAGAGGCACCUUCAGCCCCAAAACUGCCGCCCUCUGUGUCCUACUUCACCCUCCAGGGUCUCUGCCCUCUCCCGACUGUCACCACCGCCUUGCCACAGCAGCCCCAGCCUGCCACCCCAGCCCCUAGUCUCACCGUCGCAGCCAGUCUGGCCACCCAACUCCCUCUCCAGCCUGUCCCCAGCCUUACAGCCCUUCCCCAGGUUAUAACCACCCAGAACACUGCCAGCAGGACUCUGAGUUAUACGACUAUCCCCAGCAGCUCAACCCUCCUCAGGGCCAGUGCAGCAGGGAGCACACAGACCACCUGGACUACCCUACAGCUGGCUGGGAACACAGUGCAACCUGUCUGCCAGUCUCUCUCCACACAGGAGACUAGCGCCACUGGGCAGCAGGUGUCCGUAUGCCCCACAAGCACUAAACCAUCAGUUCAACCCAUUCAUAUUCAAAUGAGGCCACAGGUACCCAUACAGCCCCAGGCACCCAUCACUGCCCAUAUCCAAGCCCAGCCCCCCAUACAGAGGACACCCCAGCUACGGCCAGCUAUCCUUGCCCAGCACCAGCCUCAGCCAGUCAUGGCCCCCAAGCCACAGUGUGCCAUCCUCCCUCAGUCAGCCAUAAUGCCCCAGCCUGCUGUGGUAGCCCACUCAGCUAUGAUGUCACAACCUCAACCUGCUGUACUACAACAGGCAACAGUCCUCCCCCAUCCACAGACUGCCCUGAUGAAUCAGCCCCACCCCCAGACAUCUGUGAUGCCCCUCCUCCAGACCAUGCAAGUAUUGCAAGUAAACCCUGCAGGGACAACGGUUGCUAGGGUAACGGCUCCUCAGAACACUAACAACCCGAAUGUUGUCAUCCUACAGCAGACUAAUCCCUGCUCAGCCCAGUCGGUUGUCAGGGAGGACUUAACCAAUCAGACGCCUUGCCAGCACAUCGUCAUCAUCCAGGCCUCCAAUCAGCCUCCACCUGCUCCUCCUCAGAACCCUCAGGUUGGCAUGGUGCCCACUACAGCACCUGUCAUGCCCAAUCAGAUUGUCGCAACCAGCUGCCCAACUUCCACCACUGGGCAACAGAUAUUUGGGGGUAAACAGUUGGUCCACAUUCUACCCCGUCCUGUCCCUCAAACCCAGGCCCCCCCGGUUCCCCCGACCCCUCAGACCAUCACUGUGAACGGCCAGGUGUUUUCCCUGCAGCCCAUGAAGACCUCGGAUAAGUAUGGUUCUCAGGGUGGCCAGAGCAGUCUCCAGCUGAUCCAGCCCACCACUGUUGAGGAGCCCACCACCAACGUGGCUCUGCACACCCUGGGAGCCCUCAGCAGUCUCAACCAGAGCAUCUCACAGGGCAUGCCGCCAUGCAUCUCCACCCAGAGUAACGUCCAGCUGACCCUUGCCCCACCAUCCUACUCUAUAGUGCCACAACAGCCAUCUUCUGUCCCGGUUUCAGCAGCUCCACACAGUUCCCCUGUCAGUCAGAUCUCGAUCCCCAGUGUGACUCCACCCAGAACAGGUCUGGAGGUGGGUACAGGGAAGGCCUCGCGGAGACAGCCUGGCACAGCUUCAAUGCCCAGAGCUAAGAGAGCCACCACCAAGAGGACCAAGUUGGUUAGGAAGAAGGAGCCUAAACAGGGACAGACUAGUCGUACUGUCACCAUUGCAGCCAAGCCAGUGGCUGUAACAGGGGACCGUCAGGAACAAGAGGCCACUGUGGCUCAGGGAAUCCCAUCCUCUGCUGCUGGGACAGUACAGCCAAAGCCUGGCCCUGUCAGCACCACAGUGAACACAUCCUUGGUUAGUAGUAUUGAGGCUUCCACACAGAGCAGACCUGUGAGUAGUGUUGGCUCUCCACAGUCCACACCUAAAGAUGGUAGUGUCAAUGCUGCUACACAUAGUGGGCCAACUGUCUCCAGUGCAUGCACAACACAGAGUAGAACCUCUGUGGCAAAUGCCACUAGUGUCACUCCGUGUACAUCAGCAGUCGGUAUCAGCUCCACACAGAGUCAACUCAUUAUCACUAGUGUUGUGAGUCUAUCUGCAGUCACCACUAUCACGUGUGCAGCAGAUACGCCUACAGUCAGUGCUAUUGUUUCUUCCCAGAGUAAACAACCUGCUGUCGCCCCUAGUGACAGCUCCACUCACCUUAGACCUAUAGUCACACAGAACAGACAGCCUGUUACUACUACUGUCAACACUGUGCAAGCUAGAUUAGCUGCUACCAAUGGCAGUUCUAGACAGAGCAGAUCUAUGCUGACCAGUGCCUUUUCCACAGAGACUAGAUCCACAUCUACGGGUGUGACGUCGUCAGCAGCAUGUCGACCCUCAGUCAGCACUGUAAGCUCAAUAGAAAGUACACCAAUGGUGUCUCUCCAGUCUGCUCAGCUCACCUCAUCAAUGGGUCAGACCAAGCCAGCUAACAGCCAGGAGUCUCAGCCUACAACCCAGACCCAGUCCCAGCCUGUGGCUUUUCCCUCGGUCCCCUCCACUCCAACCCCCUGCUCCGGUGCACUGUCUUUCUCUUCAACCUCUGUAACAGUCCCCAUGACCAUGCCAUCAGAAUACAGGAAGCGGGUCACCUGUAAUAGACCCUCGAACCAGCAAAUGACCAUCCCCACUUCCACCCCCAAACCAUCCCAUCGUGCUGAGCUGAAAGUGACAGCGGUGUCAGGCAGGGAGAAGGAGCCUCAGGCAGAAGGCCACCCCAGCGCAGCGAUGGAGAAAGGGAGUGUGAGGAGUAAUGCAGCGCCCUCUAGAAAGGACUCCACUCUCCCACAGCAGGUGUACACACUAGACAACGAGGCCCCGGAUCAGCCUCAGGCUCCCAGCAGACAAACUGACUCACCCAUGUCUGGUGGAGCAGGUGGCGUAAUGGGCUUCUCUGUGGCGUCCAUGCUUCCUACUGGCCACAGUGUCAGUUCCUCGCCGAGUCAUUUUGGACCGUUUACUUUUACCACAGAGCAGGCUGAUAUCCUGGCUAUGUUGGAGCAGGACAGUCCUGGGAGGAGGGUGGGGGGCUGCACCGUGGACAACCCCACCGGCUCCACAAACAACCCAACGCCUGCAUGGGAACCCAACCCCAAGUCCCAGCAAGCCUCCAGCAGCAAAGAGAGGGGGGCUGGACAACAGACGAAGCUCACCAAACAGAUGGAGACUCCAGRGGCUAAACCCCCAUCACAGGUGUCUGUUAGGGGCCAGGCUGGAGAGGUAGCAGGCAGUGCAGCCAGCGGAGCCAGACAUCCACAGAACCUCUCCUACUCCCAGUCCCAAACCCAGGCCCAGUCUGGUACUGCCAGCACCCUCAGUGUCAACAACCUGAUCCGGCCCAGCUCCCGUCAGCAGCAGGCCUACCCAGGCUCCCCCAGUCUGGCUGGGCAGCAGGGCUCAGUCCCAUCCCCUGCGGGGAACUCAGUCCAUGUCUCCCAGCCCUCCACCCCUGGCCUUCCUCCCUGCUCGGGCUCAGUCCAGCUGAACGAGUACACUCCCCUUAAGAGUGCCCAGAUGAGGCCCCAGGUGGGGGUGGGUGAGCCACGACACAUCAAGGACGUGUCCAAGCGGCCAGCCCAGGACGAUGUGAUGCUGUCCAGCAGUAACAAGCGACAUAAGACCUGCCCAUCGGCCUCCAACGUGGGAUGCAUGGAGGUCAAACCCCUGGACCACAGCCAGAUGAUGGUACCCCAACUUCCCCCUACCUCCUCAUCCAUCAUGACCAGGAUCAACCCUGAUGGAGUUGGCACCCUGUUCUCAGGCAACACCUUCAUGAGUACGGUGCUUAGACCCACCGAGAGCCACUGUACCCCCCAGCUGCCCGUACAGGAACACAACCAACCAGGUGUGCUCCACCUGCCUCAGGGCCACCCCCAGCAUGGUGCACCCCAGCUGGGCCAACACCUCGGGGGGAACCCCUACCUGAAGCAGCAGCAGCAGCAGCAACAGGAGCACCAGAGGCACCACCUGUACCAGCUCCAGCACCACCUGACCCAGCCUGACCCUGCACAGCUCCACAGCCUCCACCAGAGGGCGCUGCAGCAGGAGCAGCACGUCCAGAAGAAGCGGGUGCUGGUUGGAGGGGGUCAUGGCGGCCCUCCUGUGGGCCUGCAACAGAAACAACACCACCUGGAGAAGACUGGAGUUCAGCAGCAUCAUCAACAAUCACACCAACAACACCAACAACAGUCUCAACAACAGCACCAACAGCAAACACACCAACAGCAGCAGCACCAACAACAGUCACAACAUCAACAGUCUCAUCAGCAACAGCACCAACAGCAAACACAACAGCAAACACAACAGCAACACCAACAACAAGCCCAGUCACAGCAACAUCAUCAACAACACCCUCAACAGCAGAGCUCCCACUCCAGACACCAGCACCUCCAGCAGCAACAGAUCCAGCAGCAGCAGCAACAACAACAGCAGCAGCAGCACUUUGGGUCGCGGCACCAGGAGAAGAGCUGUGAGGGCCAGCCAGGACCAGCAGGACCCAGAGCUCACCACAGCAGCCACCUGGCCCCGCAGGAACACCUCAAGUCUGGUCAGGACCACAGUACCAUGCAGAGGCUGAUGAGCUCUAGGAACCUGGAGCAGCAACUGACUUCCCAGCCCAGCAACCCUGCCUCUCGGCCCUCCGACCUGGGCUGUGCCCCCUCGCGCCAGGAGCGCCACCGGGUCUCCAGCUACUCAGCAGAGGCUCUCAUUGGGAAGAGUUCCUCCACUGGUGAGCAACAGCAGCGCAUGGGGCUCCAUCUCCAGGCCACCCGCGGUACUACACAGGAGCAACCAGACCUACGGGGCUACCUGGACACAUCCAGAGUGAAGGGCAACGUCGCACAUAACCCUCAGAGCAGGCUGCCCCCAGAGCACCCUGGUUCUGCAGACGUCCAGAGGAUUUCUGAGUGUCCUCCGUUUAAAACGCUGAGCGGUGCUGGAGGGGGGCAUCAACUGGGGGGCUUCGAGGUCCAGGUGUCCCGUGGCGGGGACAUGACGCCUAAAUCAGGUCCUUCCUCUCAGAGAGGCCCUCAGGGGCAGCAGGGUGGCUUCCGAAUGGGACCGGGGCCUCCAGGGGAUGGGCGACCCCGUGGUGGGUACAGUGUACCCCAUCCUGGGACACAGGGGGUGCAUAUUGGUGCUCCAGGGCUUCCUCUGGACCAGGAGGGGUGUCAACAGAGCUUCAUGCAGAGUCUCCUGGAGCAGACCAACCACCAGAGGGCAGUCCAAUGCUGUCCUCCGGUCAGUAUGGAGUACGGCUGUGUGCCUGGCAGCUCUGCAGGGGACAUGCAGGCUAAAGCAUCCAGCCCCAGUGUUCCUUCCACACAGAAGGCCUCAGCUAUGAGGCUUGGGGAGGGCAACAAGGGCCACAUCCCUCAGGGUAGUGGGAACAUGGGUGCCCACCCAGGGGUACGGACAGGCCUCCCCCACCCCCCUACCCCCCACAGCAGCUCGGAGCCAGGCCGCACCCCUGCCCCCUCCAGACCCCCCACCUCAGUCAGCCAGCGCUCCCGCCACAUCACCCAGGAGACAGCCCCUACCCCCCACAGCAGCUCGGAGCCAGGCCGCACCCCUGCCCCCUCCAGACCCCCCACCUCAGUCAGCCAGCGCUCCCGCCACAUCACCCAGGAGGCCCAGAGCGGGAAGCUGAGGCCUGGGGAGCGACCACGGUCAGGCAGCCUGAGACCUGGGAAUCCCUUUGAGCCUGACGUCCACCUGCUGGGUCGACCACAGUCAGGGAGUGAGGCGCGGCGCAGCAGUAUCGUCCGCUUUAUGGCAGACAAUGCCCAGGUUGCUGGGGACAACAACCUUGUGCCUGACCAACACCUGGCCCAGAACUUUGGCUUCCCCUUCAUCCCGGAAGGAGGGAUGAAUCCCCCUCCUCCUAUCAACGCCAACUCUACCUUUAUCCCUCCUGUCAGCCAGCCCAACUCCUCCCGCCCCUCGGCCCUGCUACCCGUAGAGCCCCAGAACACCUUACCCUCCUUCUACCCCUCCUACCCCUCUGCCGCCCACCCCAGCGACAUACCCCUCCAGUACUUCUCCAACCAGAUGUUCACCAGCCCCGGCACCGACAAGAGCAGCUCUGCUCCCCUCAACAACCGCUUCGGCUCCAUCCUGUCCCCCCCGCGCCCCGUAGGGUUCGCCCAGGCCAGCUUCCCCCUACUCUCAGACAUGCCCCCUAUGCCCAUCAGCAACUCCUCUGGCAUUACCCCACACCUGUCCAACUUCAGCCUCACCUCGCUGUUCCCAGAGAUCGCCACAGCAAUGCAGCCUGAUGGUUCUGCCAUGCCCAUGUCCCCCCUGUUGUCUCUCUCCAACACUUCCUCUGCAGACUCGGGCAAACAGCCCAACCGCCCCGCCCACAACAUCAGCCAUAUCCUGGGGCAUGAUGGGAGCUCUGCCGUGUAGCUAAGGGGACUUGAGGUGCCAACAUGGUAGUCAGGAAUGUUCUGUUUCCUUUCCAUUUCAUUGAGAAAUGUGUUCAACUGAAUUACGUGGAGAAAUGUCAUGGCCAAUUGAAUUGACAGGAGUUCCAACUCUUUUGUGUGGAUUGAAGCGGUUGUAAGGGCUGCUGAUCGGUUCUGUAUGUUAGCUGACUUGGUUGGUAUCAUGUUAUUAUUCAUGGUUAGUGAACCUACUCUCACAUUCAACUGUUUUCUACUUUGACUGCCUGUCAGUUCAAUUGAUACCUUAACAUGGCAUCGGAUGCCCGAGUUACUGAAGUCAUAGCAUUUCACUGAGCAUUCCCCUCCCAUACAUCUACGAUGGGGGAAAUAAAGCUUCUAAACCAUAUGGUUUGCAGAUGUGUCCAACGUAUCUGCUUGUAACAUGCUAUGAAGAGUUUUGUACUUUCAUUGACUGUGACAUUAACAUUGCACAACAUUCUAAAUGUAGUAACUUAAAAUCAUGGUGGCUGUACAGAACCAUUUGUGUAGAGCUAUUUUGUAAAUAUAUUUCUUAUGACAAUUGUUAGUAUAAUAUGUAUGUAUCUGUAAAUAAAUAAAGUUGAUUUAUUAACCUUUA